GUUGUCGAGCGUACAACCGGAUAUGACAUCACGCAACGAGGCUUUUCCGGACUCAUUUCGUGUGGCUCGGCGGUAGAAAUGAUAAGCACCGAGUGAACACUCGCACACUUGGCGCGGAUGUGUUUGUCAACAAGUGUGGAUGUGAUGGUGUGGCCGCGUCCGUUUGCGUCCACGGCGAGAACAUCCGCGCGUGACGCGCGACGCUCGAGUCCGGAAGCAGCCGCUGUGACGUCGCUCGUUGUUUGAUCACAAUCACGUCCGAUCGCGUCUCUCGGCGGCGCGUGGCGGCGAACGAAUGGCGGGAGCGGCCGUGCGAGCGGGCUCCGGCGGCGGGCCGGCCUCCCUGUCCCGGUUCCGGGGAGCGCUGGUGGCCGCUGUCCUGGGCGACUGUGUCGGCGGAGAGUUCGAGGGCGUGGAGGAGGUCCCCCCGGAGAGCGUCCUGCGGCACCUGGGCAGCCUGGAGGACGAAGCCAAAGGAGACGGCAUCCUGGAGUACAGCGACGACACGGCCAUGACCCGCUGUGUGGCCCAGUCUCUGCUGACCCGUACGGGCUACGACGAGAGGGACAUGGCUCGCAGGUUCGCAAAGGAGUACACGGCGUCGCCCCACCGUGGCUAUGGCAACGGCGUGAUCCAGGUUCUGAGGAAGCUGUCGUCCUCUCAGCUGGCUGACGUCUACCAGCCCGCCCGGGACCAGUUCAACGGCCGGGGCUCUUUUGGGAACGGUGGAGCCAUGAGAGCCGCUCCCUUCGCCCUCGCGUUCCCAGACCCCGGCGAUGUGAAAAAAUUCUCUCGCCUGGGCUCCACGCUCACCCACUCCUGCUCGCUGGGCUACAACGGCGCAGUGCUGCAGGCCUUAGCCGUGCACCUGUCCCUGCAGGGGGCGCUAGACCUGCCGCAGCAGUUCAUCAGCAGGUUGAUAGCAGAGAUGGAGGAGGUGGAGGACGAGGAGCCCACGCGGACCGAGGCACGAGUCCUGAAGGAGGCGGACAAACCGUUUUGUGAGCGUCUCCACCGAGUGCAGGAGCUGGUGGACAGGAGCAACGUCAGCAUCGAGGAGGUCAUCGCAGAGCUGGGUAACGGUAUUGCCGCGCUCCACUCUGUGCCCACCGCCAUCUUCUGCGUCCUGCACUGCCUGCAGCCGCGAGAAAUCCUCCCGGAGAGCUACGGCGGCCUCGAGAGGACGAUCGCGUACAGCCUGGCUCUGGGAGGGGACACGGACACCAUCGCCAGCAUGGCGGGCGCCAUCGCCGGCGCUCACUACGGCUACGAAGCCAUCCCACCGUCCUGGAUCAAGUGCUGCGAAGGAAGCCAGGACGCCGACUUGAGUGCACGAAGGCUUCAUGCUUUGUACCACGUAUCGACAGAAGGGGGCAGCAGCACGCACAGUCAAAAAGAUGCCGCCGGCACCGAGAGCAGAGCGGACCCCGAGUGACUCCUCAGAGGAACCGCUCCACGGAUGCCGUUUCCUGAGAGAAGGAAAGAUGGUGCGGUUUUUGCGGUAGUCUGGUGGAUGUUUUUAUGGUUGUCGUGUGACUGUUGCAUAAAACGCCAUUUGUUUGAAUGAGAGACAAGUUCCUGUCU